CACCGCACAAAGUGCCUACAUAUGCAGCACGGCUGGGAUCAAGUCUUCAUUUCAUGAGAAGAUCGACUUCUUGUUUGAUGUAGAUUUCAGAGGCACAUUCCUGUUUAAACUCUAACUCAAUGGAUAUCUCCAUUAGAACAUUUGGUUUGGGCAAAUACCGAACACUGUGACACAAGAAACGCUCGGAUAAAUAACUGGUAACGCGUCUGCUUUGAAAGCGCUUUGACAUCCAGAAAGGCAGGCAGACUACACAACCCGUUCUGAAAAUGAAUCCUGACAACUUCACAGCCGCUUCUCAAAGUAUUCUGAAGGGAAUAAACAGCAACACAACGUGGAACCAAUUCACCGGACUGCAGCUCCUACAAUCCUUCAAACCCCUCAUCAUUCCCUGCUACUCCUUCGUCGUUUUCAGCGGCAUUGUUGGAAACUACCUGCUUAUCCAUGUCAUAUGCAAAACCAAGAAAAUGCAUAACGUUACCAAUUUUUUAAUAGGCAACUUGGCGUUCUCGGACAUGUUAAUGUGCGCUACCUGUGUGCCACUGACGUUAGCCUAUGCGUUUGAACCACGGGGUUGGGUGUAUGGCAUAUUUAUGUGUUAUUUCGUUUUUCUGAUGCAACCAGUUACCGUUUUUGUCUCUGUGUUCACACUGACUGUCAUCGCUGUAGACAGGUACUAUGCAACGGCGUAUCCGCUCAAGCGGCGCCUCACUAUCCCUACCUGCGCUUACAUUCUCGCUGCUAUUUGGUUACUUUCUUGUGUCCUAGCAGCGCCCGCCUUAGCCCAUACGUACCACGUCGAUUUCCCUCAACUCGACUUCUCUAUCUGCGAAGAGUUUUGGGUAGGGGUGGAGAAGGAGCGACUGGCUUAUGCCUACAGCACGCUGAUUGUGACCUACGUGCUGCCUUUGAUAGUUAUUUCCUUGUCUUACUUGAGGAUCUCUGUGAAACUGAAAAACCGCGUCGUGCCCGGCAACAUCACCCAGAGUCAGGCGGAGUGGGACCGGGCGAGGCGGAGGAAAACCUUCCGUCUGCUGGUUUUGGUGGUGGCUGCUUUUGGUACCUGUUGGCUGCCGCUGCAUAUCUUCAAUAUGAUGAAAGACAUGGAUAUUAACUUAAUCGACAAGCAGUACUUCAAUCUGAUUCAGCUGCUGUGCCACUGGUUCGCUAUGAUGUCCGCGUGCACCAAUGCGAUUCUAUACGCUUGGCUGCAUGACAAUUUCAGAGGAGAGCUGAAAAAGAUGUUUGCCUGGAGAAAGAAAAGGAUAGCGCCAACAACCAAUUGUGUGAUGGCCAGUGUGGUUCUUUAAAACUGUAUGAACAUAGUGUUUGUGGUACUUGUAUGUUUUUCAUUUGGGUUUUUCCCACAAAACUUUUCCACAAAAGUACUAUUUGUCUGCCCCGCUAUUGAAAUAUGAUCUAAUACAUAAUAUAAAUCUAUCCAUCUUAGUACAACUUUGCUUGUGAUGUGGUGAUUUCAC